AUGACCGUAGGCAAAGCACCGGUGACUUUUCUGCUCUGCUUGGCUAUUGUAUUCACACUCUCGCAAGCCAAGUCAAAGAUUGCACAGCCACAGCCACUCACAUCCUUCAAGAUCAACACUACCCUGCAGGAGACUGCAAGCACCUGUCCUUACACGGUGACAAUAAGGACAAGCUGUUCUUCAACUCGGUACACGCGUGAUCGGAUCAGCCUUGCAUUCGGAGAUGCUUAUGGUUAUCAGGUAUAUGUUCCAAGGCUUGAUGAUCCACGUUCGAGGACAUUUGAGAGUUGCUCUACAGAUACAUUUAACAUAAAUGGACCAUGCACAUACCAGAUCUGCUAUGUGUACCUCUACAGGAAUGGCUAUGAUGGCUGGAAACCUGAGUCUAUCACCAUAUCUGGCUAUUACAGUUCUUCUGUUACAUUUUACUACAACACAUUUCUCCCUAAUGCUGUUUGGUAUGGCUUUAAUCAUUGUAAUGCCGCUUCGGCUUCCAGUUGA